AUGCAAAGUAACCCAUUUUCUUUACUAUUCGAACCGAAAGACGAUGCUCAUUUCCAAACGGAGGAAAUCGCGCUGAUAUUGGAAUGCACAAUAGCAAAUACGUCAGCUAUGAUAAGUUGCCUCAAGACAAAAAGUGAACAAAAUGUGAUAGCAGCUAUGGCAACGUUUGAUAAUGAAAAAAUAGAAACUAGUCAAAGUUGGAUAAAGAACCAAUACCAGCGCUGGGGACCCGUGAUAGAUGGUGAUGAGAUUCCUAUGAACCAGUUUGACGCAUUUGCGCAAAAACUUCCGAGCAGUCGGAAAAGGAUACUGCUCGGUUCAAACAGUGACGAAGGGAUCACUUUCGUUUCGGAUACAGAUUCAAAUGCUCCCUACUUUAAAAUUUUAGGCAUUAUUCGCCAACAAACGCGAAACAGCAAGGAAGCUCCAGCAGCAGCACAAUUGCAGAAACUGUAUCCAGAACGAGGAGAUUCACGGGAAGUACUAGCAAAAUCUGCCACCGAUUACUUGUUUAUGUGUCCCGCUCGCAAAGUAGCUAGUGAUCUGACACGCGCAGGAAACAGGGUAUGGGUGUACCUGUUGGCUCAACCUGUGUCUAUGCUCAAAGGCCUGGGUAUUCCUGUGAAAGCCAUCCAUGGUGUAGAUCUUAUAUUCCUCUUCAAUAAUAUAGAAGACAUCGGGUGGUUUUCAAUGACAUCGGAAGAAAAGGAGAUUUCGGCGCAGAUGAUUCUGUAUUGGAACAAUUUUGCUCGCUCUUGA